GAACGCACAAUAUGAGUAAAUUGUUCAUGAGCUACUGUGGUUUUCAAACACUAUUAUUAUUACGUCAAAAAUAAUCGCUUCCAAUCCAAUCCCUCCAAUCCCUCCAAUCAUACAUCGUUUACUCUCUCCUUCCUUAUAUUCUCAAACCUCAUUUCAUAGAUCAAACUCUUCUUCUAUGACUUCCACUCAUCUCUACAUACUUGUGCAAUUUGCCAACAACCCAUUUUCUUGAUUUCCCAGAAUUCCACUUCCCAUUUUUAGAUUCUCGAAAAAUUAUUAAUUUCCCUUUUUUUAAAUUACACGCUUCACGCAAUCAUUUCUAUUAAUUCACGUCUUCUUUCUGACUAAUUCCCCCAAAAUUCAAGGUUAUUGAUGCAUUUAGUCAACUUGUUAUGUGAUUUCUGCUGAAGAUUGUUCAUGCCCUUCUCAAAAUUUUCAUGAAAUUUCUUAAUCAAGUUCACUAAUUAUUCUGGGGUUUUUUGGGUGGCAAUUGAUUUUGCUAUUUGAUGCUAAUACUGCUGGUAAAGUUGUUCCUUGGGGUGAUUUAGUAAUGCCCAAUUGCUUUUCGGGGCGAAAAAUUUGAUUUCGGAUGUGUUUUGGUCCUCGCUUUCGUGGGAAAUCUGGGGUUCUAAUUGCAUUUUGGUCUCAGCUUGAUGAUCAGAAUCUCGAAAUUCUCUGGAUUCGUAUUGUGGGAUUCGAUUGCUUAGGUUACAGUCUUUGGUGCUUUGUUAUCGCGGUUGAGCUAAUUGAGCUGAAGGCCGGUAUAUUGCAUUGUGUUACACCCAAUAUAACCCUUGCAGAUUCUGAAAAUUAUGGAUUUCCAAGUGAGUUCUUCAUCGGAGCAUGGAAGAUUGGAGCAGAUUAUCUCCCAGUUUCUUCUGAAGGCCUUGCAAGUAAUUCUAGAAUCUAGGAUUCCGUCGCUUAAAACCCAAGAUCAUAGUGGAGACUUGUUGUCUAAUUCGAAGCCAAAAAAGACUGAUAAAUGGUUCAAUUUAGCGUUAGGGGACCGCCCUGCAGCUCUGGAAAAGUUGCAGUCUUGGCAUAGGAAUCUGAUGGAUCCAAUGGUAAUUGAUGUAAUUGUUAUUCGUCGAGGACUGGAUGGUUCAUCUGGUAAUGGUUAUAACUAUGAACAGGUAUUUGAAGAGGGAGCAGUCGAGACAGUUAUUGAGAGAUGGGUAGUUCAGUAUGAAAAUCAUAAGACAAUGCCUGUUCAGACUAGAGAUGUUACAUCAUUGUAUAAGAAAAUGUACCAGAAAUCAAUCAUACUUUUCCGCUCUCUCUGCUCAAUGAUGAGGCAUUUGCCUGCUUAUAGGAUAUUUAGGAACCUUAGUUCCUCGAGCCAACCUUCUGAUGUUGAUGUUAUAUAUAAGGUAUCAUCUUUCAGCGACCCCUUCUCUAGGGAAGAGGAGCAAAUGAUGAAGCAAUAUAGUUUCAACCCAGUGGAGGCUGUAAAUGGUAGGCUCAGUGUUUCUGUAAAUUAUAGAUCAGAUUUGUCAGAAUUUAGUCUUGAAACUUCGACAUCAUUUCCGCCUGUAAUUAUUUCUGAUUAUGUUGGUAGUCCUGCCAUUGAUCCCAUGAGGGCCUUUCCAUCCGUAGAGAAAGUUUCUCAUCCUAUCUCAUUCUCUUUAAAGGGAGCUAGAAAUGCAUGUCCAAUGCCAAGUCAACGUCCUCAUAGUUGGUCUAGCGGCAUCCAUUCAAAUGCUGUUCACAUAAAAAAUUACCCCCUUAGUGGAUCUCCACCUGCACACCGAUUCUCAAACGAUGAUCCAUCUUUGCCAACAUAUAUGCAAGGCCAAAGAGUGCAGAAUUAUAGGAUGCUUGGAGGACACCACAAAACUAACAGUUAUGAUGAAUCUCUUUCACCUCCAUUCUCCUCAUCUUCAUCUCCCCCAGCAUACCUCUUUAGAUAUAGUCCUACCCAGUCCCGUCUAAGGCCGGAGUCAGCACCUGUAACUAUUCCGCAUCCUAUGCUAAACAGAAGUCCUGCAUACCUUUCUCCUAAUUUGUCUGAUCCAAGUAGAAUGAACCUCCCUCCUUUCUCUCCAAGGAGUACAAAACCGGAACCUUCACCUCAUGGGUCUUUAUCUCCAUCAGGAAACAGGUUGUCCAAAAAAUUUGAUGCAUUACAGCCUGGAGAGCUGUAUUCUGGGACUGGGAAUUUCUCUUUUGGAUCAAAGUUGACUAGAGAUAGCAAAGAUGAAUCUGGGCGGUUCUCUGGAUUGCAUUCCUCUAGCAGCUCUCCACGUAAGGCAUAUUCAAGAAGCUCAAGUAGAUCUUUCCAGGAUGAAUUGGGUGUAUAUGACUUUUCAUUACCAUUUGAUGUUGAUGAUGUCUAUACAUCAGAUUCCCAAGCUAGUCAGAGUGUUGAACCGAAGAAAGGAUCGGAAUUCAAUUCUGCAUUGUCAUUUGGUCGUAAGUCACAAGAUGCUGCGGUGGGUGCUCUUGUUCACAUGCUUAGGACAGCCCCACCACUACGUCAAGAUUCAAGUAGUUAUUCAGCCAGCUCUCAGAGCACCCAACAAGGGGGCAGCUUUGGAACUGCUUCUGGAUUUUUCAUGGCACGUGAUGCCCUUGAAGAGCUUAAAAGUUACAGGGAAAUGAAAGAUUUGCUCCUCUCUAAGAGUGGAAACCGAGUGAUUAAUAGAGAAGACCUUCAGGCUCCGCCCUAGGAUAUUAAAGGGAGGAAACUAUAGAUUUAUCAUCAUCAACAUCUUUGAUACGUAUACGGUUAUUGAUCAUAUACACUGCAAUAGAAAUUUAACAAGAAUGAAGAUGUUGGAAAAUCUAACGUUACAUGUACAUAGUUGGAAACUUAAUUGUGACUUCAUCAUUGUUGAGUUUAGUUACUUACAAAUCAGGUGUAUUUGCAUAAUGUAUCUAAACCUAUUUGGCUGACUUUUUGCUAAAUUUCUUGUUAUCAUAUGUUCAACGCUGAUAUAUAUACUUUUUCAGUAAGAUAUUUUGCUUGGGGAAAGUUAUGAUUUUA